AGCAGGAUAGAGCGGCAUCCCGUGUCUACAACGUGGAGGACUUCAGUUGGUUUUGCGUGGAGUUUCAUGACAAGAAACCACAAAACACGUACCUCUAGUGACCUCUGCUGGCCGCUGGUAGAAGUGCAUGUGAGCAGAAAAUGGAUUCAAGUGGGGUCAAAGUGCUGGAAACGGCGGAGGACAUCCAGGAGAGACGCCAGCAGGUUCUAGACCGCUACCUGCGCUUUAAGGAGCUGUCGACGGUCCGUCGGCAGAAACUGGAAGAUUCCUACCGUUUCCAGUUCUUCCAGCGUGACGCCGACGAGCUUGAGAAAUGGAUCCAAGAGAAGCUCCAGAUCGCGUCUGAUGAGAACUACAAGGAUCCCACUAACCUCCAGGGGAAACUGCAGAAACACCAGGCCUUCGAGGCAGAAGUACAAGCCAAUGCCGGAGCUAUUGUCAAACUGGACAACACCGGGAACAAAAUGAUUACAGAGUCCCACUUUGCAUCGGAGACCAUAAGAGUACGUCUAGUAGAGCUGCACCGUUUAUGGGAGCUGCUGCUUUUGAAAAUGCAAGAAAAGGGCAUCAAGCUACAACAGGCUCAGAAGCUGGUCCAGUACCUGCGCGAAUGUGAGGAUGUCCUGGACUGGAUCAACGACAAGGAGGCCAUUGUGACUUCUGAGGAGCUCGGACAAGACCUUGAACACGUAGAGGUCUUGCAGAAGAAGUUUGAAGAGUUUCAGACUGACCUGGCAGCUCACGAAGAAAGGGUGAAUGAAGUCAACCAAUUUGCCAGCAAACUAGCCCAGGAGGAACAUCCAGAGCUUGAGGUUAUAAAGACCAAACAAGAUGAAGUCAAUGCUAGCUGGCAGCGCCUGAAGGGGCUGGCCCUGCAGAGACAAGGGAAGCUGUUUGGAGCGGCAGAGGUCCAACGAUUUAACAGAGAUGUGGAUGAAACUAUUGGCUGGAUCAGAGAGAAGGAGCAGCUGAUGGCAUCUGAUGACUUUGGCCGAGACUUGGCCAGUGUGCAAGCGCUUUUGCGUAAGCAUGAGGGCCUGGAACGAGACCUUGCAGCCCUGGAGGAGAAGGUGAAAGCAUUGCGCGUUGAAUCGGAUCGCCUGCAGGAGUCUCACCCUCAGAAUGCCCCGCAGAUCCAAGUGAAGGGAGAGGAGCUUCUUACAAACUGGGAGCAGAUCCGCACAUUGGCUGCCGAACGUCACACACGUCUCAAUGACUCCUACAAGUUGCAGAGGUUCCUUGCAGAUUUUAGAGACUUGACCAGCUGGGUGACUGAGAUGAAGGCCCUUAUCAAUGCUGAUGAGCUGGCCAAUGACGUGGCUGGAGCUGAGGCUCUUCUCGAUAGACACCAAGAGCAUAAGGGUGAAAUUGAUGCUCAUGAAGACAGUUUUAAAUCUGCAGAUGCUGCAGGACACGCUCUGCUGAACGCCGGACACUACGCUUCCGAUGAGAUCAGAGAGAAGCUCACCAUCUUGGCAGAGGAGAGAACAUCCCUUCUAGAACUGUGGGACCUCCGCAGGCAGCAGUACGAGCAGUGCAUGGACCUUCAGCUGUUUUACAGAGACACCGAACAAGUGGACAACUGGAUGAGCAAACAAGAGGCUUUCCUGUUGAACGAAGAUCUGGGGGAUUCCUUGGACAGUGUAGAAGCCCUUCUGAAGAAACAUGAAGAUUUUGAGAAAUCCCUCAGCGCCCAAGAGGAGAAAAUCACGGCUCUGGAUGAAUUUGCCACAAAGCUGAUCCAAAACAACCACUAUGCGAUGGACGACGUUGCUACACGCAGAGACGCGCUCCUAAAUCGCCGCAAUGCCCUCCACGAGCGGGCAAUGUAUCGCCGCACCCAGUUGGCUGACUCCUUCCACCUGCAGCAGUUCUUCAGGGACUCUGAUGAGUUGAAAAGCUGGAUUAAUGAGAAGAUGAAGACCGCUACGGAUGAGGCCUACAAGGAUCCAUCCAAUCUUCAAGGCAAGGUUCAGAAGCACCAGGCUUUUGAGGCCGAACUGUCCGCUAACCAAAGCCGCAUCGACGCUUUGGAGAACUCUGGCCAGAAGUUAAUCGACAUGAACCAUUACGCAUCUGAUGAGGUGGCGGCACGUAUGAGUGAAGUCAUCACCCUGUGGAAGAGGCUGCUGGAAGCCACAGAAUUCAAAGGCAUUAAGCUGCGUGAAGCCAACCAGCAGCAACAGUUCAACCGCAAUGUGGAAGAUAUCGAGCUCUGGUUGUACGAGGUGGAGGGACACUUGGCUUCCGAUGAUUACGGCAAGGACUUGACCAAUGUGCAGAACCUGCAAAAGAAGCAUGCCCUGCUGGAGGCCGAUGUUGCAGCUCAUCAGGACCGUAUAGAUGGCAUUACCAUCCAGGCUCGUCAGUUCCAGGACGCCGGCCACUUCGAUGCAGACAACAUCAAGAAGAAACAAGAGGCUCUGGUCUCGCGGUACGACGCCUUGAAAGAGCCCAUGAUCGCUCGCAAGGAGAAACUGUCCGACUCUCUGCGCCUGCAGCAGCUUUUCCGUGAUAUCGAAGAUGAGGAAACCUGGAUAAGGGAAAAGGAACCAAUCGCAGCCUCCACUAACAGAGGCAAGGACUUGAUUGGUGUUCAGAACUUGCUGAAGAAGCACCAAGCUCUGCAAGCUGAGAUCGCUGGACAUGAACCCCGUAUUAAGGCCGUCACCCAGAAGGGAAAUAAUAUGAUCACUGAAGGUCACUUUGCAGCCGAUGAAGUGAAGGUGAAGCUGAAGGAGCUGAAUGACAAGUGGCUGUCUCUCAGAAAUAAGGCUUCUCAGCGCAGACAGGACCUGGAAGACUCCCUGCAGGCCCAGCAGUACUUUGCCGAUGCAAAUGAAGCCGAAUCCUGGAUGAGGGAGAAGGAGCCUAUUGUCGGGAGCACGGAUUACGGCAAAGAUGAGGAUUCAGCUGAGGCUCUGCUGAAGAAACAUGAAGCGCUGAUGUCUGAUCUGCAAGCUUAUGGCAGCAGCAUUCAAUCCCUGAGGGAGCAGGCCCAGGCUUGUAGGCAACAAGUGGCACCGACAGAUGAUGAGACUGGGAAGGAGCUGGUUCUGGCUCUGUAUGAUUAUCAGGAGAAAAGCCCCCGGGAGGUGACUAUGAAGAAAGGAGACAUCCUGACUCUGCUUAACAGCACAAAUAAGGACUGGUGGAAAGUGGAAGUGAAUGACCGUCAGGGUUUUGUACCCGCUGCGUAUGUGAAGAAGCUGGAUCCGGCACAGUCUGCUUCUCGUGAGAACUUACUGGAUGAACAGGGAAGCAUUGCGCUGCGACAGGAGCAGAUCGAUGGCCAGACUCUUGUAUCUAAGGAAGCUGGCAGUGUGUCUCUGCGUAUGAAUCAGGUUGAAGAACUAUAUCAGAACAUUUUGGAGAUGGGAGAGAAGCGCAAGGACAUGUUGGAGAAAAGUUGUAAGAAGUUCAUGUUGUUCCGUGAGGCGAAUGAGCUGCAGCAGUGGAUCAAUGAGAAGGAAGCUGCGCUCACCAAUGAGGAAGUGGGGACUGACCUGGAGCAGGUGGAGGUGUUACAGAAGAAGUUCGAUGACUUCCAGAAGGAUUUGAAGGCCAAUGAAUCGCGCUUGAAGGAUAUUAACAAAGUUGCAGGUGAUCUUGAGUCUGAGGGGCUCAUAACUGAAGAAGUACAAGCCGUACAGCACCAGGAGGUGUACGGCAGCAUGCCAAAAGAUGAAGCAGAUGCGAAAGGAGCCUCUCCAUGGAAGUCUGUGAGGACUGCCGUGCAUGCUGUGGCCACUUUUAACUCAAUAAAGGAACUGAAUGAGCGUUGGCGGUCCCUACAGCAGCUGGCAGAGGAGAGGAGCCAAUUGCUGGGUAGUGCCCAUGAAGUGCAGAGAUUCCACAGGGAUGCGGAUGAGACAAAAGAAUGGAUUGAGGAGAAGAACCAGGCAUUGAACACUGACAGCUAUGGGCAUGAUUUGGCCAGUGUCCAGGCUCUGCAGCGCAAACAUGAGGGAUUCGAGAGAGAUCUGGCUGCCUUGGGUGAUAAGGUGAAUUCUCUGGGAGAAACUGCUGAGCGCCUGAUCCAGUCUCACCCAGAAUCUGCUGAAGACAUUCAAGAGAAAUGCACAGAGCUCAACCAGGCUUGGAACAGUCUUGGUAAACGUGCUGACAAACGUAAGGAGAAGUUGGGAGAUUCUCACGAUCUUCAGCGCUUCCUCAGUGACUUCAGGGAUCUUAUGUCCUGGAUUAAUGGAAUCCGUGGCUUGGUGUCAUCUGAUGAACUAGCAAAAGACGUCACUGGAGCUGAAGCUCUCCUGGAGAGACACCAGGAACACCGCACAGAGAUUGAUGCCAGAGCCGGCACUUUCCAGGCAUUUGAACAGUUUGGGCAGCAGCUUCUCGCUCGAGGCCAUUAUGCCAGUCCUGAGAUUAAAGAGAAGCUGGAUAUUCUGGACCAAGAACGUGCAAGCUUAGAAAAGGCCUGGGUGCAGCGCAGGAUGAUGCUGGAUCAGUGCCUAGAACUUCAGCUGUUCAACAGAGACUGUGAGCAGGCCGAGAACUGGAUGGCGGCACGUGAAGCCUUCCUCAACAGUGAAGACAAAGGGGAUUCCCUGGACAGCGUGGAGGCGCUCAUCAAGAAACACGAGGACUUCGACAAAGCCAUUAAUGUGCAGGAAGAGAAGAUUGCAGCUCUGCAGUCUUUUGCUGAUCAGUUAAUAACAGCUGACCAUUAUGCCAAGGGAGAUAUCGCUUCGCGACGCAAUGAGGUCUUGGACAGGUGGCGUCGACUUAAGGCUCAGAUGAUUGAGAAGAGAUCAAAACUUGGUGAAUCUCAGACUCUGCAGCAGUUCAGCAGAGAUGUGGAUGAGAUUGAAGCCUGGAUUAUUGAGAAGUUGCAGACCGCAAGUGAUGAGUCCUACAAAGACCCCACAAACAUCCAGCUUUCCAAAUUACUGAGCAAACACCAGAAACACCAGGCCUUUGAGGCAGAGCUUCAUGCCAACGCAGACCGUAUCCGUGGCGUCAUCGAUAUGGGCAAUUCCCUCAUUGAUCGUGGAGCUUGUGCUGGCAGUGAAGAUGCUGUGAAGGCCCGAUUGGCAGCCUUGGCAGAUCAGUGGCAAUUUUUGGUCCAUAAGUCUGCAGAGAAAAGCCAGAAGCUGAAGGAGGCCAACAAACAGCAGAACUUCAACACCGGCAUCAAGGACUUUGAUUUUUGGCUCUCAGAGGUGGAGGCCUUGCUUGCCUCUGAGGAUUACGGAAAGGACUUGGCUUCUGUCAAUAACCUGCUCAAGAAACACCAGCUGCUGGAAGCCGACAUCUCUGCCCAUGAGGAUCGUCUGAAGGAUCUGAACGGACAAGCUGACAGCCUGAUGACCAGCAGCGCCUUCGAUACCACCCAAGUGAAGGAGAAGCGUGAUGCCAUCAACGACCGCUUCCAACGCAUCAAAAGCAUGGCCACUGCCCGCCGCAGCAGGCUGAAUGAGUCCCAUCGCCUUCAUCAGUUCUUCAGGGACCUUGAUGAUGAGGAGUCCUGGAUCAAAGAAAAGAAGCUGCUGGUUGGAUCUGAUGACUACGGAAGAGAUCUCACCGGGGUGCAGAACCUGAGAAAGAAACACAAGAGGUUGGAAGCCGAACUUGCUGCUCAUGAGCCGGCUAUUCAGGGCGUGCUGGACACUGGUAAGAAGCUAUCUGAUGACAAUACUAUUGGAAAGGAAGAGAUCCAGCAAAGACUGGCUCAGUUUGUGGAACACUGGAAGGAACUGAAGCAGCAGGCAUCAGCCAGGGGCCAGCGCCUGGAAGAGUCUCUAGAGUAUCAGCAAUUUGUUGCCAAUGUGGAAGAAGAAGAAGCCUGGAUCAAUGAGAAGAUGACUCUUGUGGCCAGUGAAGACUAUGGUGACACUUUGGCCGCCAUACAGGGAUUACUGAAAAAGCACGAGGCGUUUGAGACCGACUUUACAGUCCACAAGGACAGAGUUCAUGAUGUCUGUGCCAACGGUGAAGACCUCAUCCAGAAGAAUAAUCACCAUGUGGAUAAUAUAACAGCGAAGAUGCAAGGUCUUCGUGGAAAAGUGUCCGAGCUUGAGAAGGCAGCUGCCCAACGCAAGGCUAAACUGGAUGAGAACUCCGCCUUCCUUCAGUUCAACUGGAAAGCGGAUGUGGUGGAAUCAUGGAUUGGCGAGAAGGAGAACAGUCUGAAGACCGAUGACUACGGCAGAGACCUGUCCUCUGUGCAGACAUUACUUACUAAGCAGGAAACCUUUGACGCCGGUCUCCAGGCAUUCCAGCAGGAAGGAAUCACCAAUAUCACUGCACUGAAAGACCAGUUACUUGCUGCCAAGCACGUGCAGUCCAGGGCUAUUGAGAGCCGGCAUGCCUCCCUUAUGAAGAGGUGGAACCAGCUGCUGGACAACUCUGCUGCCCGAAAGAAGAAGCUUCUGGAGGCUCAGGAGCAUUACAGAAAGGUUGAAGAUUUGUUCCUGACAUUCGCCAAGAAGGCAUCGGCUUUCAACAGCUGGUUCGAGAACGCGGAGGAGGACUUGACUGACCCAGUCCGCUGUAAUUCCUUGGAAGAAAUCAAGGCCCUGCGCGAGGCACACGAUGCAUUCCGGAACUCCCUCAGCUCCGCGCAGACAGAUUUCAACCAACUGGCCGAGCUGGACCGACAGAUCAAAGGUUUUCGUGUGGCAUCCAAUCCCUACACUUGGUUCACCAUGGAGGCGUUGGAGGAGACUUGGCGCAACUUGCAGAAGAUCAUAAAGGAGCGUGAAUUAGAGCUACAGAAGGAACAGAGAAGACAGGAAGAAAACGACAAACUGCGCCAGGAAUUUGCCCAACAUGCCAAUGCAUUCCACCAGUGGAUCCAGGAGACCAGGACCUACCUACUGGACGGGUCUUGUAUGGUGGAGGAGUCUGGAACGCUGGAGUCUCAGCUGGAAGCCACUAAGAGGAAGCAUCAAGAGAUCCGUGCAAUGAGAAGUCAGCUGAAGAAGAUAGAGGACCUCGGGGCCGCAAUGGAGGAAGCGUUGAUCCUGGAUAACAAGUACACGGAACACAGUACGGUGGGGCUGGCACAACAGUGGGACCAACUGGAUCAGCUGGGCAUGAGAAUGCAACACAACCUGGAGCAGCAAAUCCAAGCCAGAAACACAACGGGAGUAACAGAAGAAGCCCUGAAAGAAUUCAGCAUGAUGUUCAAGCACUUCGACAAGGAUAAAUCCGGCCGCCUCAACCACCAGGAGUUCAAGUCUUGCUUGCGAUCCCUGGGGUACGACCUUCCCAUGGUGGAAGAAGGCGAACCAGAUCCGGAGUUUGAAAACAUAUUAGACAUUGUAGAUCCCAACAGAGAUGGUCACGUGUCCCUACAGGAAUACAUGGCCUUCAUGAUUAGCAGGGAAACUGAGAACGUCAAGUCCAGCGAGGAGAUAGAAAGUGCAUUCCGAGCGCUCAGUCAGGAGCAGAAACCGUACGUCACAAAGGAAGAGCUAUAUCAGAACCUUACACGUGAACAGGCAGAUUACUGCAUCUCGCACAUGAAACCAUACAUGGACAGUAAGGGCCGAGAGUUGCCCUCCGCGUUCGACUACGUGGAAUUCACGCGCUCGCUAUUCGUGAACUGACGUAGCAGAAUUAAAGCCCUUGCUUGUGCCUGCUGACUUUGGCUGUGCAUGUCCUCUCGCACCGAUCCCUUGUCUCGUCAUUGUUUUAGCUUUGGAUUUAGCCACCUGAAGAAGCAAUAUAAGCAGUGUGCUUUAAUAAACGCUAGUACUUCA